UCUAAGUGAAUAUUUGAUCAAAGAAGGACACAAAAAUGAUCCUAUUAGUCCAUGUGUUUUCAUUCAGCGAUCUGAAUCAGGAUUCGCCAUAAUUGCAGUAUAUGUUGAUGAUUUGAAUAUAAUCGGAACUCCCAAUGAAAUUGAAAAUACUGCUAAAUAUCUCAUGAAAGAAUUUGAAAUGAAAGACCUUGGGAGAACAAAAUUUUGUCUCGGCAUUCAAAUUGAACAUUUGAGAAAUGGUAUUUUUAUCCACCAAUCAAAUUAUACCGAGAAACUUUUGAAGCAGUUUUACAUGGAAAAAGC